AUGUGUGCUUUGUUUCUAAGUGAAAGUGUGAAUGGGGCGAAAGCAGGACAGAAGGAAGCCAAAGAACCGAGUCUUACUACAGAACCGAGUUCCUCGAGAGAGCUCUGUCUUGUGAGUCCUGCAGACGACUUACCGAGUGAAGAUCCUAGCCUUCUUAUAUUGGACAAACAAGUUUCGACCGCUUCAGAUUUACUCGUUGAAGAAGCUAGAAGGCAGACAAAGAAGGAGACUGCUUUGGUGAAUCUCCGUAAAAAAAGUGUGCGAGAAAGGAAGCUUGCUCCCACACAGCAAACUCCUUUUAAGGGAAACAGCACUGCCAAACAGAUCAUUCCAAACAAACAGGUUGGCGGAGGCUAUGAUCCUUUUGCACCCAUUGACAAGAUGAAGUCGAAGGAGCUCACUGCAUGGGUGCAAAAAGAUCCUUCUUAUAAACUGCCUCUGAAAAAAAAACCACGUAGAUGUCGAAGUCGAUUCUAUCAGGUCCUCCGAACCCCCUUAGAAUGGCUAACCGACCAUCAAAUGGAUGCUUUUAUUAAUAUACUGAGGCAACGGUACCAAAACCAUCCAGAACAUUUCAGGAGCGACAGAAUGUGCUUUCUUGAUCAUGUCUUUUCUCGGCAGUGGAGGGCCUCCUACCCUGAUUUUAAGAGCGACGCUCCUGAUGCCAACGGUUUAGGAAGAAGACUCCCUGGUGGGGCGUGGAAUUAUCAUGCAGGCUUGAUACCUUCUUUUUGCCAAUCUAAGAAGGUUUGGGGGGUGGAUGUGGAUGAUAUCUAUGCACCUGUGAACUUCAAGAACGAGCAUUGGAUUGCUAUAUGGAUAUCGAUCCCUAAGAGGCACAUCGUCGUCUGGGACAGCAUUGUCUCUCAUAUUAGCCCUGCAGAACUCGAUGAGGUAAUGGAGCCUUUUGUCACAAUGGUCCCUUAUCUGCUUGUUGAGUGCGCGCUCUCUGACGAACAAAAGGUUCAAUACACAUUGGAGCCAUACACAUAUGCGAGACAAACCGUUGGAGUACCUCAGUGCCGAGCUGAAUUUCCCACCGCGUUUGACAAAAAACACGGGAAGACCAUCAGGGAGAAGAUGGCGCUGGAUAUAUUUCGAGAGCUUCCUAAGUGCCAUGAAUGGGAAAACCAAGACAAUGAUGAGAACCUGGCAACGUAG